AUGAUCUUGCUCUGCAGAAUAGGAAUCAGAUACUGGAGAUGGGCCAGGACGAAAUUGGGCGGCAAGCACAGGCGUUUUGUGAGAAUUAACAGAAGCCUUUUGAGUAACGCUGUGAAACCCAACAUGGGUAAAGUGUGGUUCAAUGUACGGCAAAUCAAGGAGGCAACGAAUAAUUUCAGUUGUGCCAAUUUAAUUGGGCAGGGCAGUUUUGGAAUGGUGUAUAAGGGCACACUUCCCGAUGGUCAUAUGAUUGCUGUGAAAAGAAUGAAGAAGUGUUCUGUCGACGAAGACUCGGAUUUCUUGAACGAGGUGGAGAUCAUCAGCAGCUUUCAACACCCGAAUUUGGUGGCUCUGCGAGGAUUUGGCGUUGCGAGUGAUGGAAAAGAUGGGUGCCAGCGAUUUCUUGUUUACGAUUACCUGGCUAAUGGCAGCCUCGAUCGACACAUUUAUGGAAAUGGGAAAGCACUGACAUGGGAGCAGAGGAAGAACAUUAUAAUGGGCAUCGCUAAGGGUUUGUGUUAUCUGCAUUCCGGCGUUAAGCCUGCGAUUUAUCACAGAGAUAUCAAAGCCAGUAAUAUUCUGCUGGAUGAUGACAUGAAUGCCUGUGUUGCGGAUUUUGGGCUGGCGAGGAAGACAACGGAAGGGGAAUCGUACCUCGUUUCAAAAAUAGCUGGUACACAUGGGUAUUUGGCGCCUGAGUAUGCUCUCUAUGGAAUUCUUACAGAUCGUAGUGAUGUUUAUAGCUUUGGGGUUCUGUUGUUGGAAAUCAUGAGCGGCAGAAAGGCUUUGGAUACUUCUGUGGCGUGUUCAUCUGAAUACCUUAUUACUGAUUGGGCAUGGAAGCUUCUGAAAGCGAAUAGAGUGGAUCAAAUGGUAGAUUGCAGAAUGUUUGAGAGUGGAGAGGUGAGUACAAUGGAGAGAUUUGUUUUAGUGGGCAUUUUGUGUGCACACGUUGCGGUGGCAUUGAGACCAAGUAUGGUAGAAGCAUUGAAGAUGUUGGAGGGAGAGGCUACCAUUCCUGCAAUUCCAGACAAGCCUUUGCCUCAAGUAAAUCACAGAACAGUGGCCGAUGGAAAUGCUUUUCUCAGCGUUUUAGAUAGUUAUCCUUCCUUCAACUCAUUCCUCAUGGGAAGAUAG